UCCGCCGUGUCCAGGGCCCGGUCGCUCCAUUCGUGCUCCGGUUCGACAUUAUUCUCCGCCAUCUUCGCUCUCCGCCACAGCGCGAUCGAUCAUGGGCAAGUCCAGACAAACGGGAAACCACAAAAGUGACGCAAAGAAGCACAUCGGAAGGACAUGGAAGAACAAACACAAGACUAAAGAUCUGGACCAGAUCCACGCAGACAUGAAGCCUGAGAUCGCAGCCGCUCUGCUCCAUCAGGCGGUGGACAUCGAUGUGACGGGAUGUGCUCAACACUACUGUUUACACUGCGCGAGAUAUUUUGUGGAUUUGAGGUCCAUGAAAGAGCACUUCAAAACUAAAGUGCACAAAAGACGAUUGAAACAGCUCAGAGAGGGGCCCUACACGCAUGAGGAGGCCGAUAGAGCGGCGGGGAUGGGCUCCUACAUCCCUGCACAAAAAGUUGAAGUGAAGACACAGACCGUGGAAGAGGACAUGGACUGAGAGCUGCUUACUUGAACUGAUCAAUGCUAUUACAAAAUGAAUGAUGCUUACAUUAUCUCUUGCUGUCACAAGUGUUGAGUGCAUUGUUAAAUGUUAUUUUUGUGACACACUUAACUUAUCUUUUCAGCUGACAUCAUUUCUAUCAACAGAAUCAGAAACGGUUUAUCUUAAUCUGGUUAAUGUAAUGCAACAUGAGCCUAUCUAAAUAUUAAGUAUUUGUGGAAUACUAACAAACAAUAACACGUUGAAUGUGUUCAUAUAGGACGACAAAUUUUAAUUAAAGCAUUGUUUCCCCAG